AUGAUGUUUAUUAUAUGCCUGUUGGUGUCGGUCGCGCAGUUUGCCGUGGGCCUGGCGCUGAAUCCGGAGUCCGUCUCCCUGCCAUCAUGCCCGGAGAGAUGUCUCAAGGAGGCCUUGCAGACGUCCAACUGCUCUAAAGCCGGUGUCACCUGCGUCUGCAAUGACGAUGGGUUGUUCGACGGCUUCGUUACGUGUUCCCACCACGAGUGUAAGCCCAAGGACAUCCUGGUGGCUAUCAAUUUGACUACCGUCGCGUGCGACUUUCCGAUACGAGACGACCGCCCAAAGCUCAUAGAGAUGGCCGUUGCCUUCCUCUGCGUCACGAGCGUCAUUGUCGGACUGCGGCUGUUCCAAAGGCUCUGUCUUGGCAGUGGCCUCUACCCCGAUGACUGGCUCAUACUCGUGUCAUACAUCUGCGGCAUACCAAGCACGGUGAACCUCAUAGUCGGACUUGCCGGGAACGGACUUGGAACAGAUGCUUGGACUGUGCCAUUCGACAAGAUUACCACUUUUCUUCGUAUCAUGUACGUGAACGAAAUACUCUACUUCACACAAGUCUUUACUGUCAAGCUCUCGAUAUUGGCCUUUUACCUGCGCCUCUUUCCCGGAACCAUUGUACGACGCCUCAUCUGGGGAACAAUAGUCAUGACCGGAUCCUUCAUCAUCAUAUAUGAUCUCAUGGUCAUUUUCCAGUGCAAACCCGUCAGUCAUUACUGGCUGGGCUGGGACGGCGAGUCCAAGGGAAGCUGCCUGAGCAUCAACGCUCUCGUUUGGGCGAACGCUGCGUCCAGCAUAACUCUCGACGUAUGGAUGCUUGCCCUUCCACUGGCGCAGCUUCGAGCGCUGCAGCUCCACUGGAAGAAGAAGAUAGGCGUCGCCCUCAUGUUUAGCGUCGGAGUAUUCGUCACGGCCGUCAGCAUCCUCCGUCUACAGUUCCUGGUGAAGUUUGGCAGCUCGACAAACACAACUUGGGAUCAAUUCCCCACAAGCUACUGGUCUGCAGUGGAGCUCAACUACCAGAGAGCUAUCUGA